CGGCACAGACUAUGGACGACAUACCAUCGGUGAGCAGUGUUCCGUGCACGAUAGACAUUGCAGUGACAAUGGCUGAUCUAUGUCGGCAGGGAACCAUCGAUCGUACAUCUGGCACUGUCAACGACGGCUCAUCGAUGAAGAGAGCCACGGAUGACACCUCCGGUAUAAGCUCGGACGAAUCCUCUCCUGCCUCGACUCCGACGUCCGUGUUGGCGGAUCUCCCGUACAUCCCGGCGGGCCCCAACGCGGAGAGGCAAAAUGCACACGGAACGGUUGUGCAACAGCCAACGCUAGCAUCGAUGGGUUUCGGUCCGCGGGCGAGUGUGGUACACCGUAGAAACAAUGGCAACACGGUUGGGACGACGACGAACACGUACACCGGGGUGUCGACCUUGCCCACAUUCAGGAGGUCGCGCAGAAUGUCACCGGCGGAGCUGAACUUCUACAAUGAGUACUUCAGUUACCUGCAGUCAGAGAAGCCCUUCGCCAUGCAGCGGGCCCCUAGAAGGCAUGCUGCGACGAGGGCGGCUCGUACAACGAUGACGGAGCAGCUUGCGCAUAUCGAGGCCGUGAUGACGAGGUUGGCCAUGCAGUCCGAGAGCGAGCUCGAGCUGGUGUCUCCGGAGGUCACGGUUUAGACCGCCGUCACGUCGAUUUUCCUGCGCAUUGUAGACGGAAACCCGAUGCAGCCGGACGCAAACGGUCUAAUGGAGCAACAGAGGAACAUUGAGGCGGGUGGAGGGUCCUCAUGAGAGCGAGAGGUUGAUGGUGGCAGGCUAUGCGAAGAGAACGAAAUAUGG